UUUGCGAAAUUUAAAACAUAGAAUUUUAUUGUUUAUUAGAUUAAAAGUAUGUUUGUUCAUGAUAAAUAAAUAAUUUUUCUUAUGGUUGUUUAUUGUACUUGAUUUCUGAUUUUUUAUGUACAAUUGUCUGGGAAGCAAGAAGUUUUACGUAAGAAGAAAAAAUACAAAACAAUAAAAAUGGCCCAAAAACCUGAAGACUUUAAUUUGCCAGUUUCAGCUAUAUCAAAAAUUGUAAAAGAUGCUAUCCCUGAAGGUGUUCGUGUAACCGAUGGAGCAAAAAUUGCAUUAUCAAAAGCUGCAAGUGUAUUUGUACUUUUUGCUACAUCAAGUGCUAACAGUCUUUCUCAAGAUGCUAAUAGGAAGAGAUUACUUGCUAAAGAUGUUUUUGAUGCUUUGAAGGAUCUUGACAUGGAUUUUUUAAUUCCUCCUUUGCAUAAUUCUUUGCUAGCUUAUCGUCAAUGUUUGGAGACAAAAAAACAAGUGAAAGAAAAUAAAAGAAAAUCUAAUCAAAAAGAAGAUGAAGCAGAAGAUAUUGAAGUUGAAGUUAUUGAACAACCCGAACUUAUCGAUGUUGCUUCAGAUUCUGAAAGUGAAAAUGAAGAUGAUGUGAAUGUUGUUUCAGACAGUAGUGAUGAAUAAAAUUAUAAGCAGCUACAGUACUGAUAUAUUUUCCAUUAUGAAAAUACUUUACAGCAUGUAAAUUCAUUACACAUUUCGAAUCACAGCAAAUAAUUUUUCAUAAAUAUUUUUUUUUCAUGGACCAAAUCAUCGCUACAGCAGUCUUAUAUGAUUGUUUAUAAAUGGAGUAUUUUUGGAAUUUAAAAAGAAUUUCGUAGUUUUACAAUAAGUAAACUUUUCUUCAAUGUAACACACUAUUAAUGAACUGUAGGCGCCGCUUAAUGUGAUCACGGUAAAUGUUAUCAGAAUGACGAAGUUCCGGAACACUUGUACACUAACAUGUGUUUCAAAAAUCGGAUAUUGUGAUUAGCGUCGUCGUUUAUUGUUAUCACGUUUUCAUGAACUUUGAAAUUUUUCCCUUUUUUUGUUCCUCAAUCAACAGAAAUACAAAGGCAAACAUUGACAUGCAGCUUCUGGGAAAAUAAGCUCCCGUCUUAUCAACAAAGCAGAAGAAUUUUUCUCCCUGUCCAGUUACACUAAAAACUUCACUCUAAACGUGAAAUACACCACCAGCUCAGUUAAUUCCAGCCGAGGACUGCAGUUUCGUGCUUAUUAGCACUCAUUAGCCCGGCACAGAAGUGACUGAGCUGGAGGUGAAAAACCUAAACGGUCAAACAUUUUAGCCAUAGAGAAAAAGUGGCAUGAUUUAACUUUUACGGGAAAAAUUUAAAACACUUUGAGAAUUUAACCAUGAUGAGUCAAAGCAGUACAACUAAAAAUUUCUUAGCCAUUACUUUGUAAGUUACAAAAAAAAAAAAAAAAAUGUGAUGAGAUUAAAAACAAAGUGAAGCUGAAUGAAAAUUUAAACAAGCGAAACCGUGCUAGAAAAGAUGGUGAAGUUCAGUCUGCUUUGAAACUGUAGUUUCCGAAUGCCAGAGUAAAGGGUGUGUGAGUAAACGUUCUGUUCAUGCAGAAAAAAUUUUACUUUAAAAACUUUUUUUCUUAUUUUUAAAAUGGGCAAAAAAGAAUUUGUUACAUCGGACGAAUCAAUGGAAAAAGGAAACUAUUCCAUUCUGCUACUUUAUAAUUUUAAACUGCGUUUAAUUGAGUCAUUGUAAUUUUAAUUUGUAGUUGUAAAAAUAAAUACUUCUUAACUGAUUAAAUCUUCAUUUUGAGCAUCCUGGAUUCUUUUCGACUAUUGUUAUCAAUCGGUUAUUGUUAUCAAAUUAUAUUUGUCCCCAAGUGAUCACAUUAAGUGGCGCCUUCUGUACUGUAUAAGAUGAUUUUCCUGUUGUAGAAAAUAUUGCAAUAGCAUUUUCUGAAAAAGCUUCUUCUAUUUUCUGUAUAUAUAUUAAGGUGCAUAUUUUCUUCAUUGCCUUUUUUCUGUUAACAUACAAAAAAUGAUCUUUGUAAAAUAUUAGAAAAAAAAUGUACCUGUUCAUUCUUCGUCUAAAAUUCAUCUGUUAUUAUGUGUAUUUUUCAAUUAUUAA